AUGCGCGGCUCGGUCGCUGCUGCGGCCUGGCCAGCAGUCACCAGCAACCCCGCCAACGCUGCCAACGCUGCCAACACGUCGCCCAAUGGCAUACUCUGCUCGAGCUCUCUCCAGGCUCACUCUGACAACGACACCGUGCUUCAAGCCUUUUACACUCAUCUGAAGUCUUGUGAUAAAGAAGAAGCCGAUAUUUGGGCCAAGGCUUGCGAGCGUGAGGGCCAAGCGUCGGACAGCUAG